CAUCUCUGGCCAGCGCAGGCGGUCACGGCGUUCCGGGUCCAGCGUCCGCUCCAGCAGCCGCGCGGUGCCUGCGUCCCCGGAGCCGCCGCGGCAGGUGUGUCCCUUGCCAGAGAGUGAGCAGCACCAGUGCCACGGGGUCCAGGCAUCACAUCUCCACCCACCCUGGUGUUCCUGCCUCCCCUCCCUGGGGCAGCUGCCACCAUGUUCUCCUGUGUGAAAGCCUAUGAGAACCAGAACUACUCUGACCUGAAGCGGGCCUGUCUGCGCAGGAAGGUGCUCUUCGAGGACCCCAACUUCCCUGCCACUGAUGACUCGCUCUACUACAAGGGCACCCCAGGACCCACAGUGAGGUGGAAGCGACCCAAGGACAUCUGUGAGAACCCUCGCCUCUUUGUGGAUGGUAUCAGCUCCCACGACCUGCACCAGGGCCAGGUGGGCAACUGCUGGUUUGUGGCUGCCUGCUCAUCACUGGCCUCCCGGGAUUCUCUGUGGCAAAAGGUCAUCCCAGACUGGAAGGAGCAGGAGUGGGACCCCGAGAAGCCUGACAGCUAUGCCGGCAUCUUCCACUUCCACUUUUGGCGCUUUGGGGAGUGGGUGGACGUGGUCAUUGAUGACCAGCUGCCCACAGUCAACAACCAGCUCAUCUACUGCCACUCCAAUUCCCGCAACGAGUUCUGGUGCGCCCUGGUGGAGAAGGCCUACGCCAAGCUGGCGGGCUGUUAUCAGGCCCUGGAUGGAGGCAACACUGCAGAUGCGCUGGUGGACUUCACAGGUGGCGUUUCGGAGCCCAUCGACUUGACUGAAGGUGAUUUUGCGAAUGACGAGGCCAAGAGGAACCAGCUGUUUGAGCGAGUGUUAAAGGUGCAUAGCCGGGGAGGCCUCAUCAGCGCCUCCAUCAAGGCGGUGACAGCAGCUGACAUGGAGGCACGCCUGGCCUGCGGCCUAGUGAAGGGCCACGCGUAUGCUGUCACUGACGUGCGCAAGGUGCGCCUGGGCCAUGGCCUGCUGGCCUUCUUCAAGUCAGAGAAGUUGGACAUGAUCCGCCUGCGCAACCCCUGGGGCGAGCGGGAGUGGAAUGGACCCUGGAGUGAUACCUCAGAGGAAUGGCAGAAAGUGAGCAAAAGUGAGCGGGAAAAGAUGGGUGUGACCGUGCAGGACGAUGGCGAGUUCUGGAUGACCUUCGAGGACCUGUGCCGGUAUUUCACGGACAUCAUCAAGUGCCGCCUCCUCAACACAUCCUACCUGAGCAUCCACAAGACAUGGGAAGAAGCCCGGCUGCGAGGUGCCUGGACACGGCAUGAGGACCCAAAGCAGAACCGCAGUGGGGGCUGCAUCAACCACAAGGACACAUUCUUCCAAAACCCACAGUACAUCUUUGAGGUCAAAAAGCCAGAAGAUGAAGUGUUGAUCUGCAUCCAGCAGCGGCCCAAGCGAUCCACCCGCCGGGAGGGCAAAGGCGAGAACCUGGCCAUUGGUUUUGACAUCUACAAGGUGGAAGAGAAUCGCCAGUACCGCAUGCACAGCCUGCAGCAUAAGGCCGCCAGCUCCAUCUACAUCAAUUCCCGCAGUGUCUUCCUACGCACGGACCAGCCUGAGGGCCGCUAUGUUAUCAUCCCCACCACCUUUGAGCCAGGCCACACUGGCGAGUUCCUGCUCCGAGUCUUCACAGAUGUGCCCUCUAACUGCCGAGAGCUGCGCCUGGAUGAGCCUCCCCGCACCUGCUGGAGCUCCCUGUGUGGCUACCCCCAGCAGGUGACCCAAGUCCAUGUUGUGGGGGCUACUGGCCUGAAGGACUCCACAACAGAGCCCAACUCUUAUGUGAUCAUCAAGUGUGAGGGAGAAAAAGUUCAGUCGCCCGUGCAGAAAGGGACCUCAAUGCCUCAGUACAAUGUGAAAGGCAUCUUCUACCGCAAGAAGCCGGCCCAGCCCAUCACUGUCCAGAUCUGGAACUACCGAGUCCUGAAGGAUGAGUUCCUGGGCCAGGUGCAACUGAAGGCUGAACCUGAUGACCUCCAGCCCGUGCACACCCUCCACCUCCGAGGCCGCAACAGUCGGCAGCCCAGCGAUUUGCCAGGCACCGUUACUGUGCACAUCGUCAGCCGUGCCUCCCUCAUGGCUAUCUGACACCUGCCUGUCUACCUGGCCCCAAUAAUUCUGAACACCACCUGCAUGUCUGCACCAGGAGACCUGGGACCAGCCCAGGAGCCAAACACUGGGGUCCUUUUCCCACUCUUUCCCUGACUUGCUGUGUGACCUUGGGAGAUUGCUACACUCACUCAGAGCCUCAGUAUGCUGAGGACCCCAAAGCAUUCCUUUCUUAUGAAGGAAUCUACCUGCCUGAGAUUUAAAAUAAUCCUUCCCAUCCCAGUUAUCACUACUGCUAAGGGACUCUAUCUGUUGAAAACAUUUCCCAAGGCUCUACUGUCUGCUGAGGAGUGCCAAAAAGAGGUCACUUGUUUACAAACAAACUGCCAUGUCCCCAACCCCCAGCCUGGCCCCUUGUCUCCCAGACCCACUCCAGUCUCCCCCUCUCUUCCUGUGGCACCUUUACCUAGUUUUCAAGCCAUCUUGAAAGGGCUUGUCAGGCACCCACCAGGGUCCUGCUCAGCCUAGAAUUUGGGAAACAUGUGAGUGGUAUGUGUUUAUUCUCUAAUCCUGUCCACUCACCAAUCUGUUUAUUCACUCAGUAGAGAUUUGCCAAAUGCAUAAGCCACGUUUGAGAGGCUGCAGGGGAAUGGAGCCCUGUCUCUGCCUUGGGCCUUGCCUGUGCCCUUAGGUCUUCUCAGAGACAGAUGAGCUGCAGCUGCCAGCUUGCCCAGACUCCGGUGUCAUACGAAGUCCCUGGUCUGAGAUCCCUGGAAGAGAGAGUGGCCAUGGAUGAGGAAGAGGCACUUUCCUGCCCAAUGUGUGAAGGAAUGUGUCCCGCUAGUGCUUCAGGUGGGCAGAGAGGCCAAAGGGGCCCACGGGGAAGCAAUGCUCCCCUCUGCCACAAGGCUUCUAGGAGAAAGGACUCCAGUGUGAAUGCUGCCAGCCUUUGGAUCGUAUCACCUAGAGGGCAUGGCAGGAGACAGGUAGCUCCAUUGCCUGACCAGAGGCCCCUCCGCCUGCACUGCCCCAAGAUCCAAGGAGGCCAGUGCUCUUCUUGUUCUCUGGACCAAAAUGGUCUUUUUAGUCCUCACUGUUUUCUAUUCUUUCUGUUUUAGAAAUCUCAGUUUUAACCAGGGGUUUGUAAAGAAAACCCUGAACUCUUUUUUUCUUCCUUGAAUUCCAGUUUUGCUGGUCUUCUGGUUUUAUUUUUAUUUCACCUGAGGAGAGAUGUGAAUGAAGCCAGACCUUUGCGGAGGUGGUCUGGAGGAGGGUGAAGAUGAAGAGAUUUGUAUCUGGACAUCUGUUGGCUGGUGCCAACUGUUUCCAUGGAGAACUAUUGCCUGCUGGUGGCAAGAUUCACUUGGAGGCUCCUCAGUGCCCGCCUUGGGCUUCAGAGCAAACACAGCAAGCAAAUUGAAAGUGCAUUUUGUUCAAGAGCCAAAAUUCCUGUUGGGAACCUGAACUUUGACUCCAGACCUUCAAGUGUGGGCCAGUCACCUGGCUGGAGGUGCUGGAUCCUCUGAUUUUGCCUCCUUGCUCCAUGGCUGGCUGUGCUCCUGGGUCCUGGCCCUGAGCCAGGAGGGGUUAGGACCUGAAAGACAAGGAGCACAAGAGGAUUCCUUCCAUAAGUCAGAGCUUCCCAUGAGAACCUGGGACUAGAACUCUGCACAUGACCAAGAACAAGUCACUUAAACCUCCUGUGCCUCGAUUUCUCCCUCUGCAAAGUGGGACUGAUGGUUUCUAUUUGUCAGCACUCUUGCUAGCAAGUGCUGAGUAAGGGCAAGGGAAUACCCUGUCUCCAUGUAUAUCUCUGAAUGCUUACUAUACACACAUACACGUAAUCACCAAUUUUCGAUGUCUAUUCGAAAUUAGGACUCCUGAGUCAGGGCUGAAGAGGUGAGCCCUAGGUAAGCCAGCCUGGGCCCCUGGGGCUGACACAUGGUUCUUUUGUUCAGCCCUAUUCCCCAGGGACACAGGGGCAAAUCAGGACCAAGUGACAGGCCAGUGUAGGCUUCAGCCUGGGUGCCAGGUGUGCCUCCCACCCCCAGCAGAACUAUACCACAGCCCUCUAGGUAGGCCAGGCUGGCUCCUGGCUGUGCUGAAAUUUCUGACCCCAGGAGGCCUUGGAGACUGGUUGGUGAGGAUGGAGGUGGGUCAAGGAGAGCAAUUAUUUUGUUCACCUUACAACUUAGGGAGCCUGCAGCCCACACCACGCAGCCCUGGGCUCCACUCCUCUCAAAGCCCACUAUAGGAUUAGGAGGAGAGGAAGCCUGCUCUCUUCUCAGAAUAAAUGUUGCUGCAAUUCCAGAAA